AUGUCGAAGGACGAGAAAGAGUCGAUCAUACCAGACGUCAUCUACGACGACAAAUCAGGGAAGAGCUACAUCAAGGGCCGCUUCUUUGGAAAGGGUGGUUUUGCGAAAUGCUACGAGAUUCGUGAAUCCAAGAGUCAGGCGGUGUAUGCUGGUAAAAUAGUCAAUAAAAACAUGAUGACGAAGAACAGUCAACGAGAGAAGAUGACGCAGGAGAUUGCUAUUCACAGAAGCCUGAACCACGUAAAUGUGGUGGGCUUUCACGGCUACUUCUUCGACGUCCACAACAUCUACAUCAUCCUCGAGUUGUGCAGAAAGAGAUCGAUGAUGGAGUUGCACAAACGUAGAAAAGCUCUGACAGAGUGCGAGGUCCGGUACUUCAUGAAGCAAAUUCUGGAUGGUGUGGACUAUCUCCAUCAGCAUCGCAUAAUCCAUCGUGACCUGAAGUUAGGAAAUUUAUUCCUCAACGAUGAGCUCCAGGUGAAAAUCGGUGAUUUUGGAUUGGCAACGAAAUUGGAGCACGACGGUGAGAGAAAAAAAACCUUAUGUGGAACACCAAACUACAUUGCCCCUGAGAUCCUGACGAAGGUGGGCCACUCUUACGAGGUGGACGUCUGGAGUAUCGGUUGCAUAAUGUACACUCUGCUGGUGGGUAAGCCACCCUUCGAGACAGCAACCCUACGUGAGACAUACGCCAGAAUAAAGCAGGUCCAGUACAAAACCCCCACAAAUAUCAGCACAACAGCCAUCACGAUGAUUUCAAAUACCCUCCAGGGAAAUCCAGCAAAGCGUCCGAGUGUUGCAAAAUUGCUGAAAGAUCCCUUCAUCACCACUGGUUUUCUACCCCAGAGUCUGCCCCUCUCCUGUCUAACGAUGGCACCACGUCUGGAUACUCUGGAGACUUACAAUCAGCGGAAGCCUCUCUCUGAGAUGAAUCACAACGAAGAGGGCAUUGAUUCACCGAUGUUCAGGUUGCCAGGUUCACCAGCUCGAAAGACCAAGCAGGAUGGAGUCAGUGAGGUGCAACGAGCAGGUCGUGACAUAAAACGAAUGCUCAUCACGUUGAAGGAACAGGUGGGAGCUGUUCUCACCUCAAAACCAGCUCGAAGAGACGCUUCAUCAGCUGUCGAGAUGACAGAUCCAGCUGCCCAGCCCAUCCUGUGGGUCAGCAAGUGGGUCGACUACUCUGAUAAAUAUGGAUUUGGUUAUCAACUGUGUGAUGAUGGUGUUGGAGUCAUGUACAAUGAUGGCACUAGAUUAAUCAUGCUUGCCAAUAAGUUUAAUAUUCAUUAUAUCAAUCGAGAGGGCAGCGAAGUUUACUACACUGUCAAGGAUUAUCCCCAAACACUCGAGAAGAAGAUGAAACUCAUGAAUUUCUUUCUCCAGUACAUGAAUGAGCAUCUAAUGAAGGCCGGGGGAUCUGUUACUGUCAAGCAGAGCGACUCCAUGUCCAGGAUACCUUACAUGUAUCAAUGGUUUCGCACACAGACUGCUGUUGUCAUGCAGCUUACUAAUGGAUCUGUUCAGAUAAAUUUCCUGGACCAUACGAAGAUAAUCAUGUGUCCCCUUAUGGCAGCUGUAACUUACAUCGACAAUGACAAAAAUUUCAGGACCUAUCGUUUCGAGACAAUCCAGCAGAAUGGUUGUAGUGCAGGUCUAGCUAAAAAUCUUGAGUAUGCGUAUGAGAAGCUCACCCUGAUGAUAAGUAAUCUCCAGACACGAUAA